AUGACUCGUCUCAGGCUCAGGAGGGGCCUCCACUCCCCAGGACGGGCCGCUGCCUACCUGUCACCUUCCGGCUCUGCCGGUGGCUCCCGCCACCAAACCGUCAAGGAGCGUGUGGAGGCGGCCUGGCGGCUGCCCUCCCUCACCCCCCCUGUCCGUCACUCCCAAGCAGUGCCACGGGAAAACCUGCGGCCCCUGCACUUUAUCAUUCAAGGUGGAAAUUGCUUUUUGUGCCAAUUACAGAAGUAA